AUGGCUAGUCCGCCAGUUCUAGCUUUCGAUGCCGAGGGCCGUCCAGUGAAGUUCGAAACCUGGCUAGAUGACCUGCACCUGUUCCUACAGCUCACUGCCAAGGAAGACAUCUCACUGUACGACCACGCCCUAGGCCAUGCCACUGCCCCUGACUCGUCUGCUGACAGCACUCUGCGUUCUCAGUGGCAGACCCGUGAUGCGCACGCUCGCUUUGCUAUUCGCAACUCCCUGCCACUAGACGAGCGCGAGCACUUCGGCCAGUGCAAGACUGCUAAGGACCUCUACACCGCUGUAGUUGCCCGCUACUCCUCACCCGCUUCUGCCACGCUAGGCCGCCUCACUCUCCCCUACCUGUUCCCUGACCUAGCCUCCUUUCACACUGUCGCAGACCUCAUCACCCACCUUAAGACUAGUGAGGCCCGCUUUCGCGCUGCUAUGCCUGCCGAGUUUCUCACUAGCAACCCCCCCCCGCUCUGGAUCACUCUCUACCACAUCGUCACCCGCCUCCCUGACUCUCUGCGCGCAGUCAGGGACCACUUCCUCUCUCGCUCCCCCACUGAGCUCACUGUUGCCCUCCUCGAGAAGGAACUGCUUGCAGCUGAGGCGAGCAUCGUCGCUGUAGGCACCUCUCGUGGUGACCCCCGCACCCCGUUCUUUGAGGGGUGUUCCCCUUCCCCCCUCCUCCCCUCUGUCGCCUCUGCUGCUGCUGUCGACCUUCUUGGGGUGGGGGUGGCGGCGGAGGAGGUGGGGGUGGAGGCGGUGGGAGUGGAGGCGCGGCUGGGGAGACUAGUGGCGGCAGUGGGGGAGGAGACAGCGGCGGUGGGAGUGGUGGUGGAGGCGGCAGCGGAGGCGGAGGUGGUCGUGGCGGCGGCAGGGGUGGAGGUGGCCGGGGCGGCGGCGGUGGGGGUGGUGGUCGUGGAGGCACUGGCGGAGGGCAGAGUCAGCAGCCCGCCCCGACGCUUCAGGCCGCCCGUGAGUGGUAUGCGCAGCGUAGCGUUACCUGCACACUUUGAUGCUAUUCUCACUGCCAUGUAUGCAAUGUCUAUUAGUGGAGAGGGUGCUCAGUACUUGCGUGUUCCGCCCGACCCGGGCAUUCAGGCCAGUCCGGCUGCCGCUCUAGGUGCUAGUGCGUCUGCUCCCACAGGUCCUGGUGAGGCUGCAGCCCUAGGUGCUCGUGCGUCCGUGCCCCCUGGUACUGAGUCGACUGCAGCACUGCACACCUUCACACUGGACUCAGGUGCUUCUCGCUCCUUCUUUCGUGACCGCACUGUCCUUGAGCCACUCGCUCGGCCAGUUGCUGUCUCCCUUGCUGACCCCUCUGGGGGUCCGGUCAUUGCGACCUCCUCCACUGUCCUUCCUUGUCCGGCGGUCCCGUCCGGCACGCUGUCAGGUCUCUACCUCCCCUCGUUCUCUACGAACUUGGUGGCAGGUAGUGCGCUCCAGGACGGGGGUGUUCACCAGUUCACCCCUGCCUACGAGCGCGUGACACACUGCACGUGUGCUCGGACGGGUCGCCACCUGGCUACCUUCACUCGGGAGCCGGGGUCGGACCUUUACACACUGACCACUGAGUCCCCUCAGGUAGCUGCGUCCGCGUCUGCGUCAGCGUCAGGUCAGCUGUCCGCCCCCUGCUCGUGUCGCUCUCUGGCGCAUGAGACUGUCCUUUGGCACCACCGCCUUGGCCACCCGUCUGUGCAGCGCCUUCGGGCCAUGCACAAACGGGACCUUGUUGCUGGUCUUCCCAGGGUGCUCCCUCCCCUUCCCGACUCGCCUGCUCCUCCCUGUAUUCCCUGUGUCGAGGGACGGCAGCGCGCCGUUCCUCACUCCUCCUCCUUUCCCCCGACAACUGCUCCCUUGCAGACGCUCCCUUGCGCGCCAAGGGUGACGUCCCUGAUAGGUGGGGAGUUUUCCUCUGGCCUAUUGGAGGCCUUUUGUCAGCAGGAGGGCAUUGAGCAGUCGUACACGCUUCCGGCCUCUCCACAGCAGAAUGGGGUUGCUGAGCACCGCAUUGGUCUGGUCAUGGAGGUCGCUCGUACCUCCUUGAGCCAUGCAGCUGCCCCCCAUUUUCUGUGGCCGUUUGCAGUCCGAUACGCUGCGCAUCAGCUCAACCUCUGGCCCCGUGUCUCCUUGCCCGAGACUUCUCCGACACUGCGUUGGACGGGAGAGGCUGGCGAUGCGUCGCGUUUUUGGGUCUGGGGAUCCCGAGCUUUUGUCCGCGACGCGUCCGCGGACAAGCUCUCCCGUCGCGCUGUCCCCUGCGUCUUCCUUGGCUUUGUCCCGGACGCCCCUGGCUGGCAGUUCUACCACCCCACCUCGCGUCGUGUCCUGGCCUCUCAGGACGUCACUUUUGACGAGUCCGUCCCCUACUACCGCCUCUUCCCCUACCGCACUGCCCCGCUCCCCCCCCCGCCUCUCUUCCUCGCUCCAGGUGCAGAGGUACCAGACCCCCUCCCCCCUCAGGGUGCCGCUCCCUCAGGUGUGUCCCAGGUAGACCCGGGUGAGCCUGUCGAGGUAGCUGUUGACUCUCGUCCUGCUAGGGGUGCUGAGCCUGGGGGUGCUGCGUCUGGGGGUGCUGAGCCUGGGGGUGCUGCGUCUGGGGGUGCUGAGCCUGGGAGUGCUGGGUCUGGGGGUGCGGAGCCUGGGGGUGCUGAGCCUGGAGGUGCGGAGCCUGGAGGUGCUGAGUCUGGGGGUGCUGAGUCUGGGGGUGCUGAGCCUGCGCGUACUACACCUGGAGGAGCCCUCUCCUCCCAGCAGCUGCAGGAGAGGUACCUCGAGUACUGCCGCCUCCGGAGAGGUGCUCCUGGAGCUCGUCCCGGUACUUUCCCUCCUACCCAGGAGCUCCCCCCCAUUCAGCAGAUCCGCGAGUGGUACACACGGCGCUGCAGUCUUCGGAGUGGUGCUCCUGGUGCUGCGGACCCUGGGGGUGGCGCUGCUGCUGGUGCUGCGGACCCGCCUGGUGGAGCUGCUGCUGGUGCUGAGGACUCGGACGUUGGAGCUGCUGCUGGAGCUGAGGACCCGGGCGGUGGCGCUGCUGCUGGUGCUGAGGACUCGGACGGUGGAGCUGCUGCUGGUGCUGAGGACCCGAGCGGUGGCGCUGCUGCUGCUGCUGAGGACCCGGGCGUUGGAGCUACUACUGGUGCUGAGGACCCGGCCGGUGGAGCUGCUGCUGGUGCUGUGGACCCGGACGCUGGAGCUCCUACUGGUACUGAGGACCCGGCCGCUGGAGUCUCUUCUGCUUCUGGAGACGCUGCGCGGCCGCGACCGUACUUCGUACCGCUCCUUCAGCAGGUUCUUGGGCAGGCUCCUCCUCCUUGUCCUCCUCCCUCCGUAGAGUGUCCUCCGCCUGUCCAGCCGCAGUCACAGUUACUGCCUACCUCGCCUCUCCCUGCUCCCUCUCCUUACACUAGUCCCACAGGAGGUCUUACAGAGCGUCGUGAGCCUGAGUCUCGUCCUGUGUCGCCUGUUCGUCCUGCUCGCACUGGUAGUCGUGUCCGUCGUGAGCGUCCUCCUCCUGUCCCAGGCACUCACUACAUGACUCUGCGUCCCUCUACUGCUCCUCAGCGUGUCCCUCUACCGUCUCCUCCUGCGUCCUCUUUGCCUGACGUUCCGGACCCUGAGUCUGACCGGUUUCGUGCUGAGCACCCUACUGUCAUGCGUCUCCUUGCUACUGUUGUCACUGACCCUACCUUUGAGUCCUCGGCUGCGUCUGCUCUGGUCGCUGAGUUGGUUGACUUUGCUGCUGCCUGUCGUCUAGACUACGCUGCUAGCCUUGUUGCUGAGUCUGAGUCUGUCUGUCCUCCGUCCGUCGGGGGUGAGUGUGCUCUUGGCACGGACGUCCUUGAGGACAGACAGGAGGAGUUCCAGUGUCUUGCUGCUGCUUUGCCCCGUCUCGUGUCCUUGCUAGUUGCCCCUGAGGGAGACCCGGAUGCACCAGACAUCCCGACCCCGCGCACUUACGCUGAGGCGAUGGCGGGUCCCUACUCCUCUCAGUGGCAGACAGCCAUGGACGCCGAGAUGGCUUCCUGGAAGUCCACACGCACCUACAUCGACGAGGUUCCCCCUCCUGGGGCGAACAUCGUCAGUGGCAUGUGGAUUUUCAGGGUGAAGCGGCCGCCGGGUUCUCCGCCUGUCUUUAAGGCGCGUUACGUGGCUCGAGGCUUCAGUCAGCGAGAGGGAGUUGACUUCUUCCAGACCUUCUCCCCCACCCCGAAGAUGACUACUCUUCGGGUGCUGCUGCACAUAGCCGCUCACCGCGACUACGAGCUUCACUCGCUUGACUUCAGCACUGCUUUCUUGCAGGGCAGCCUGCACGAGGAGAUCUGGCUGCGCCGCCCACCUGGCUUCACUGGGUCGUUUCCUCCUGGUACCCAGUGGAGGCUUCAGCGGCCGGUCUACGGUCUCCGCCAGGCUCCGCGUGAGUGGCACGACACACUGAGGACUACACUUGCGGCUCUUGGGUUCGCGCCUUCUACAGCUGACCCGUCGCUGUUCCUGCGCACCGACACUUCGCUGCCGCCGUUCUACAUCCUCGUGUACGUCGACAACUUGGUCUUUGCCACUGCUGACACUGCAGGACUUGCCUACGUGAAGUCGGAGCUGCAGAAGAGACACACGUGCACAGACCUGGAUGAGCUGACAAGCUAUCUUGGCUUGCGGAUCACCCGGGACAGAGCACGGCGCACCAUCACCCUGACUCAGUCACACAUGGUGCAGCAGGUUCUCCAGCGCUUCUGCUUCAAGUACUCCUCGCCUCAGUCCACUCCUCUGCCUACCGGUCACUCGCUCUCAGCUCUGCCUUCGGAUGAGUCCGUAGAGCCGAGUGGCCCGUAUCCAGAGCUUGUGGGCUGCCUCAUGUACCUGAUGACCUGCACUCGACCUGACCUUGCAUACCCUCUUAGCAUCUUGCACACUAUGUCGCUCCUGGCCGUCACAGGAAGGAGCACAUGGAUGCCGCUUAGAGGAUGUUGCGCUACUUGUGUAGCCACUCAGCGGUCGUCUCAGGGUUACACCUUCAGCCUUGGCUCUGGCUCAGUUUCUUGGCGCUCUACUCGCUCUUCUUCUGUUCUCGGCUCCAGUUGCGAGGCUGAGAUCUACGCUACAGCCAUGGCUGCCCAGGAGCUACGCUGGCUGACCUACCUGCUGACCGACCUCGGAGAGCGGCCUCGUUCUCCUCCAGUACUGUACGUCGACAACAAGGCUGCCAUUGCCUUGUGUGAGGAGCACAGACUGGAGCACAGAACGAAGCACAUCGCCCUGCGGUACUUCCUUGCUCGUGAGCUGCAGCAGCGCGGUCAGCUUUGUAUUCGCUACGUGGCCACUGAGGCCAACACUGCUGAUGUGUUCACCAAGGCGCUUCAGCCUCGUGACCAUCAGCGCUUCUGCACUCUACUAGGCCUUGUGCCUACUGGACCUCACUUACUUACCUCUUGA